UACUCCACUCCAGUCUUUUGGCAGUUUUGCCACGCAUUAUGUAGAUCGUUGACAUAAUCAGUGUACUUCGCUCAAGCCAAGGCAAGGAUUUGUUUGCAGCUAGAACAAGCCAAGAAGCGAGGCUGAAGCGGAAGUUCCGAACGAGCGUCUUUUUGGAUUGUAUAGUGGCGCUAUUUUAUUUACGGCUAACGUUAGCGCCGGAAUUCUCUUGCAAAGCUUCCCAUCCUGUUGGACUAGCAGUGCGGAGUGGCGUGCUGUCUGCGGAUCGCGGCGGAAACGCUCGAAAGAACUGCCGUCAGUGUGUCCGUUAGGUUUCAUCUGUUUUGUGAUAGGAGGAAAGACGUUUCACACGUGUGGCGCGUGAUCACCUGUAUCUGAUCGUGUUUCUAUUGUCUGAUACUGGUUACUCAAAUAACAGUGAGUAACAGUGAGUGCCUGUGAGUCUGUCCUCGCCACGGGCCAGUGGUGAUACAAUGAUGCGGGGGAAUGCGGCGGUGGACGAGACCGUGCUCACAUGCACAGUCCCUGCACCUGAGAGUCAAGCUGCUGCUGCUGAAGUCGACAAUGGGAACAGCCGGCAGCCGCUUGCCGACAGCGAGUCGCAGCUCGUUGGUGACACGGAGCCGGACAAACCUUUAUCCGCCACUGGCGGCGGCAAGAGCAGCAAUCGUAUCAAGAGGCCCAUGAAUGCGUUCAUGCUGUUUGCACUAGAGGAAAGGAAAGUGAUCGCCCGCAACCAUCCGAACAUGCACAAUUCCGAGAUCAGUAAACAGCUGGGAAAGAAGUGGAAGAGUAAGACACACGAGGAGCAGGCUCCGUACCGAGAGGCAGCCGGUGAAAUCAGGCGUGAACAUCAGAAGAAACAUCCGGAUUACCAGUUUAAACCAAACCGGAAAAAGCCGAAUAAGAAGAAGGAACAGCCGAGCAUGCGUGCCACUGAGUUUGCGGCUUUACAUUACUAUAGUGCCCAUAUCAAGGCUACCAGCCAUGGCGCCUGCUGUGUAUGCGCUAGCUGCAAGUUGGUACGGCAUAUGCCGGCAAACCCCACAGCACCGGGACAAGUGCAGGGUGAACAACAGCCCGACUCAGCACACUUGUUUCCGGCAUCAUCAGCAGCUGCUGCAGUCCAAAGUCUAGAUGAGGGGUCAGCAUUAUGUGCUAGUGCAAGUUUUCUUGACGCUGGCCUCUGUGAUCCCAUGUCGUCGCUAAAUGAUGGACUGCCCUGGCAGCAGACACAAGAGCAGCCUAAUCUGUUGCAGCUGGACUUCCAGGAACUACUUCAUCAGCCUUUGCAACAACUACAGCAGCACCCGCUACCACAGCUGCACCAACAGCGCCAGCUACUGCUGCAACAGCAACAGCAGCAGCAGCAGCAGCAACAGCAGGGGUGGAAAGGGCUCCAUAGCCCUGAUUUACCAGCAGGUGUCGCACCAGGCUCACUUGAAGAGUUAUCCUAAUGCCCGUGUGAUUGACAGCAGCAUCAUCAUCGGAAAACACCAGCCACGGUGCCAUGAGUGCAUGUUACUCCGGCGAACGGGAUCGUCUGCUUGCUAUGGCCUGCGGCAGUGCUGGUAGAGCCAUAGCGAUGGUCUCUCCUCCGCUGCACUCUACUAAUUGUGCCAUCAUCGAGCACUACCGGGUAUACUUCACUCUGAGUCGGUCAGAUCCACCAGCCACCCAUGAGCCUAUCAAGCGAUCCUCCAUUGUUUUCAGUGCAUCCGCUCUUAUCAAGAAGGUAUACAUGCACACCAUGCACGCACGCACGCACUGCCUUCUCUGUUUUGUGUUUUUAACUUAUUAUGUGUACAUCCUUGAAUGACUCUGAAAUUCCCCACCUACAUCAUGGGCCGAUCCAGUGUACAUACAUAAUAUUGUGUACAUACUUGCCUGAUGUUUUCUUUGGUGGAACAUGUACUGUAUGAAGCCUCGAUUACGCUACCAGUGUUUGGAUGUUGAACAUUGGAGCUCCAGAA